AUGUUACCUCCUAAGUUACAAGAUCCAGGGAGCUUUAGCAUUCCAUGUACCAUUGGGGAGUUAGAAGUUGGAAAAGCUUUGAUUGACUUGGGAGCUAGCAUUAAUCUAAUGCCUCUUUAUAUGUUCAAAAGAAUUAAAGGAUUAGAAUUUAAGCCAACAAGGGUGACUCUUCAAUUGGUAGACAGAUCUCCCAAAUAUCCAUAUGGAGUGGCUGAAGAUGUAAUAGUAAAGGUGGAUAAAUUCUUGUUCCUAGUGGAUUUUGUCAUAAUGGAGAUGGAGGAGAAUGAAUAUGCACCUUUGAUUCUUGGAAGAACUUUUAUGAAGACGGUCAGGAUCGUGAUUGAUGUAGAAAAUGGCAAACUUAAAGUCAGAGUACAAAAUGAAGAGGUUGAUUUUGAUGUUUUUCAAGCUAUGUCACAUCCUAAAGAUGAUAAAUCAUGCUUUCAAGUAGGCCUUGUGGAAGAACUCUGUAUGACGCAAGGGAAUAAAGUGCGUGAUUGA